AAACCGACACGCCACAGUCGGCUUUCUUAAAAAUCUCAUUCGUUCCAUAAACGUCUGAUCAGCACAUAUUUGCGGCACUGCGCUGCUCAGUCUCCUGGAUGACAUGAGGAGCGUUUCAACUUUCUACAUAAUCUGACCUCUUCACACACACAGCAGCACUGGCUCUUCACUGCUUUAUUAAAAUGCAAUGCAGAGGUAAACCUCCAAGACUAAACAUGGAUUACCUCCCAGCUAUAGGUCGAGGUGGGAGCAGUGAUGAAUGCGUGAGGGAUAUAAAAGAGAUUUGCGCAGAUUUCGGUCACAGACUGGAGCAACGGUGGGAAACACCAAUCACGUGAAUAAACAACACCCAUGCCAUUGGAUCGAGUUGUUUUGUCUUAUUGGCUUUGAAUCCACAAAAUGCAGAAAGCAACAUAUUACGAUAACUCUGGACUUUUUGGAGGGUACACCUUCCCCAAACCAGACUCGUACAACUACGGCCCCGCUCAUCAGUCCUACCCUGCUUCUAACAUUGAGAAUGACUACCAGGGCUCAGUGUGUCCCAUCCAGACCUCUGCUGUCCGGCCACCAACCCUCAAAGACAGUGACCUGAACGGAGACUGCAUGCGGCAAGGCAGCAGUCAAAGCAACAGCAGCAGCCAAGUCACGAGUAUUGGGGAGCAGCAGGCAGCACCUCCACUGUCCGCAUCCUCUCCCAGCUCCAACAGCUCAGCGCCCCAGAAGAAGAAAUCCCCAUCCAGCAGCGCUUCCAGUACUGCCACACCAACUCUCACAAAGCAGAUAUUCCCCUGGAUGAAGGAGACCCGGCAGAACUCAAAGCAGAAGAGCAACAACUGCACCAGUGCAGGUAGAGACCAUGAUGGUGGCGAGGUGAGUGAUGAGAAGAGCCCACCGGGACCAGCCUCCAAACGGGUCAGAACUGCUUAUACCAGCGCACAACUUGUGGAGCUGGAGAAGGAGUUUCACUUUAACCGCUAUCUCUGUCGCCCUCGGAGAGUGGAGAUGGCAAAUCUGUUGAAUCUCACCGAGCGUCAAAUAAAGAUCUGGUUUCAAAACAGGAGGAUGAAAUACAAAAAGGACCAGAAGUCUAAAGGGCUCGCGCACUCUCCCCUGGGACACUCCCCGGAUAGAAGCCCGCCGCUGAGUGGCCCAAAUCACAUUGGAUACUCUGGCCAGCUCCAAAACGUGAACAGCCUCAGCUAUGACGCCCCCUCGCCCCCGUCUUUCGCCAAACCCCAGCCAAACAUGUACGGUUUGGCCGCGUACACGGCACCCUUGGGUGGCUGCAUCCCACAACAGAAGAGGUACCCGGGCUCUGAGUACGAGCACCACGGCAUGCAGAGCACCGGCAGCUUUGCCAACGACAAUUUGCAAGGCAGCCCCGUUUAUGUGGGUGGGAAUUUUGUUGAUUCCAUGCCAGCCUCGGGCCCCAUGUUCAACCUCGGCCAUCUUCCCCACCCCUCAUCCACCAGUGUGGACUACAGCUGUGCCGCUCAGAUCCCAGGAAACCACCAUCAUGGACCCUGUGAUCCCCAUCCCACAUACACAGAUCUCACCUCUCACCAAGCGUCUCAGGGAAGGAUUCAGGAAGCGCCUAAACUCACGCAUUUGUAAUAUGUGGUUUCUGUGUGUGCGUGUGCGUGCGUGUGUGUAUGUGUGCCAAAAUUAUGUUGCGCUCUUUUUAUUACC